UGGUUUUUAAUCCUUGACCAUCCGUAUCUUGAACCGACACAGAAAUUGUAACUUGUGUUAUUUGGACGUUAAGAACCGUCUAUUGUAGUUUAUAAUAUAUUUUACCCGAAACAUACGGUAAUACUAUCUACAAUAGAGGUUGUGGCCCCAGGAAAGUAGACUAUUUGUUUUACUUGUAAUGAGUUAGUGAGUUUGUGAGUCAUUGUUUUUCUUUUUUAUUUCAGUGUAAGUCUAUUUUCUAACUUUAGAGUGAUUUUUCCCUGUUACUUAAGAUGGACGGCAGACUUGGUCCUCAAGCUGAUCGUCAUUGUCGAGCAAGGGCCUCUGUGUCUGGAGUAAAUGAACAAUCCAACCGGCGUAAAGUCCGGAAAAAUGCAAAUUUAGUUGUUUUUUUCCCUGGAUUAGAUACGUGAAACAGAUAAACAUGCGUUGAUAAUGAAGCCUAGUGACAGUGAGUCCAGCCACUGACAUGAAUCCCUACUAUAACCAAAGUCCAGUUUGCCCUGGAGUCAGUAUUGGAAGCAUAUUUGUGUCGUGAUGCUGUACCUCUGUGUGGAAUGUCCAAUUGUCUCAUUUGUACUUGUGCACAAAUGUCUGUGUCUUAAUAACCCCCUUUUCAGUUCCCUGGGCAGUGUUUUUGAUUGGUUUGUAGGUUUAAAAUCAUCCUCUUGGCCCUUUGUGGGGAUCCCUGGAUAUGGAUAGCCCCCCCAUGAGAAUACAUUGGCAGAAGAUUUUUUUUUCUCUUCAGCAUUGGUAAUCAACAGCUCAAAAUCUCUCGAAGCUUGAGUUUCCUGCCCAUUUUUUCUACUGCCAUCACCCUAGUGUCACCAAGUGUGCAAAAUACCACCAAGCCCAAGAAGAAGCUGAGGAUUUUUUCCCCACCCACCCACAAUUCUCCUCUUUUUGCCACAUCAGUUUAAGCAUUUUUGGAUCUAUUUUUUCUUUUCUGGCUUUUUAUGUUCCCCUGUUUAUUUCUUUCAUUAGUUACAUCAGUUAAUAAAAAAAAAAAUCCCCAAAGGACUUUAUUGCACACACCAUCAGUUGUAUUUAGCUGUCUGGCGGAGAUAAAGAUGUCUCAGAGAAGGAGAAUGUCGUAGGAAGACAAGUGUCUCUGGGCGACCCACCCCCCUUUUCCUCUUAUCUCACGGAUCAAGUGUUCCUUCAGGACUCCAUACCACCAAGGAGACACCCUACCAGCACUGCUCUCCAGAGGGAGACAACUUCUCAGCCACCUCAGGGAGAGUCCUGUUGAUCCUGAAGAGAACCAUCUGCUGGGUUUAAAGUUCAUAGCCUCAUCACCUCCGCCACUCAAGACGCCUACCAGCAUUACCAUGACCAACCAUGGAGACGACUGCUACUUCUUUUACUAUUCCACGUGCACUAAAGGAGACAGCUGCCCAUUCAGACACUGUGAGGCAGCCAUGGGCAAUGAAACAGUCUGCAACCUGUGGCAGGAAGGACGCUGCUUUCGAACUAUUUGCAAGUUUCGCCACAUGGAGAUCACAAAAAACCGAAAGGAGAUUCCUUGUUACUGGGAGAACCAGCCGGCCGGCUGCCAAAAGCCACACUGUGCCUUCCUCCAUGAAAAGGCCCGCUACAUCGAUGGCAUCUUCUUCCCCCCUGAUAAAGGUCUGAACAAGAAUGAGGAUCAGCCACUUGAGGAGCCCGCCCCCCCACCAGCUGCCCCUCUCCCCACUGCAGCUAAUCCUCAGCUCAGAGGAGUCAUUAAGACGGAGACCCAGGAGCCAGUACCAAGCCCCACCCACCCACCAGUGGUGAUCAAUCCAGCAGAUGAUGAUGAGGAUGAAGAUGACCAGUUCUCAGAGGAGGGAGAGGAUGGCAAGGUCGGCCCUUCUCCUAGAAAGCUGCCUAAAUUAGAUAAUUCACUGAAUUUCGGAGUGAGCACCCUGGAGGAGAUCCGGCUAAGGAAGGCCCUGAAGGCCAGCAUGAAGAGAGCUGGUUACCCCAUCCAGAGUGCUGACACCUCGGCCAAUGGAGAAAAAGAAAACAUCCAGUCCUUUUUCCGGCCAGCCACCUAUGAGGCCAGAGAGGGCUCACUUGUCUUUGAAGAAACUGGGAGACCAAGAGGCAGUGUGGCUGAAAGGCUCGGGAGGAAGAUGCCCGUCACUGAUGAAAAAAGUGGAGAAGGUGUCAUGCUGAAAAGGAGCCUGGCUGAGCGUCUGGGCAGAGUUGUGGAUGAGGAAGAGCCCCCCUGUCAGAAAACUUUGAAACCUGUUAAGGAUAGACUUGGAUUGCCUGCUGCUCUAGUUGCUCCCACUAACCCAGCUGAGAGCAACAUGGAGUCCAAGAAAGCAGCAGAGCAGAUCCACAUCAAAACACUGGAGGAGAUCAGACAGGAGAAGGCAGCAAAGUCUCAGUCCCGAAGCCAGAACGAUGGCCCUUCAGAGGUGCAUCCAGAAAGCACCAAAACCAUCACUACCAAAGCCACAAGGGGUGCUAAGCGAGCCAUCAAAGUCAGAGAUGACUCGGUUGGCCACGUCAAAACAUUCUCUGAGAUCCUUCGAGCCAAGAAGAAAAGGGAGGAGGAGCAGCAGGAGCAGAAGCCCAGCCCUAAGAAGGCACAGCACUCUGUCGAGAAAGCUACAGACAAGAGCCAAGCAGAGCCAAACACAAUGGGACCUGAUCCUGAGGUCACUAAUGCAGGGGAGGUUAGAGUAAAGACCCUGGAGGAGAUCCGUAGGGAGAAGGCAGCACGGAUACAGGCUCAACAGGCCCUGGAGUCUGAAAACAAGAAGAGCUCCGAUACUGAGGAGAAUGGUGCUAAGAAGCCCCGCCUACUGCGCAUCAACAAGCUGGCUUUCCAAACAGGUAACGUCACGACAGAGAAGAAAACUCAACCUGCUGCUCCCGGGCCUGGCCCAGCCACUAAUAACAACGUCAAGGUCAAGACCUUCGAGGAGAUCAUGCGUGAGAAACGCCUUCGCAAACAGGAAAUGGAGGAGCAGGAUAAAACCUCCGCUGAAGCAGAGCCGCCUCAGAGGGGGGUCAUGAAGAGAAAGGCUCCUGCUAAAGACGGUUUCACAUCAUCAGGCUCUUCAUCACCUUCCUCCACCACUCCGACCCCUGACACUACCCCUUCCACCCAAAAGCUCCCUCUUCGUAAACUGGUUAAAUCCAAGGCUGCGUCACCUCUGAACAACGCUGCUCCUGCUGGUACAACAGUUGCUGCUGUUCCAGCUGUGACCUCAGUACCUGUGAAGCAGAGCUCUUCUCCACAGGGAGGUGAGACUGAGUCCAACUCACAGAGCCCCAGCAGCUCCAGGGAGGCCUCUGACAAAACCACAAGAAACUCUGCACUGUCACCAGCCAAGCAGUCCAGAGCAGCUCCUCAGGGUUCCACCGCAGAUAAAACACUGAACAAUCAGAAGAAGUCCCCAGAACACACUACAGACACCAAAGUGAGGCCCAAACUGAAUGUGAAGCCAUCUGUCAUGAAGCCUGCGGUUCAGGUGAAACCAGGUCAGAAGAGGAGGGGGGCGGAGCGAUCUGCCGUGGCUGCUGUGAAACCUCUGAACAGCUCCUCCACAGACCGGGAGGAGCAACUGCAGGAGAGAGUGUGCAGAGACGGACAGGUGUUCCUGUCCGCCAGUGCAGAGGCUCAGCUGAGCUCUGCUGUUCCCCACAGUCCCAGCCCCCUGCUGGACUCAGGCACCAGCUCCAGUCCACUGAGAGAGGAGCUUCAGACUGUCCCCGUCUUCAAACAGAGUUUGAGCCAGGAACCCAACCCGUCCAUCAUUGCUGCCACUUCCAGAGAGGCCUGUGCAGUUCCCCAAAGCCCCGUCCUGAAGAGCCCCACCCAGCCAAAGACACGGAGGCAGAGUACAGGCGUGUCCCGCACCACCUCCAGCUCCAGUGCUGCUGCUUCCACCUCAGCUGUGGACGACUUCGAGGAGCUGAUGAAUGAGUUCACCGAUGACCAUUUGGAGGAGGAUGUGGACCCUGGCAUCGGAGAGGACGACCUGCUGCAGGAACUAUCAGAGAUGAUUGACAGCUGAGGGCUCCAUCGAGCACAAUCAAAACCCUGCCCCAUUUCUCACCCACAACCUUGUCCUGUCAUUGUGUAUUUAGGAGAAGUGAAGACCAUCAUCCAGUACCUAACAUGGAGUGUUUCAAAGACAUUUCUUCUUUAAAGUUGAACUUGUUUUAAGCUUUUUGUUCUUUCUCUUAUAGACAAUCCUUUUUCAUUUUCCUGCCCAUAUGAUCAUCUUAUGGCCCAGGGGUUACUCUGCAGGGCUUUGAUUUUCUUCAUCAUGUCUGUGCUUCAUCAGUUUCCAAAAUGUCCACACCCUGAGAAAAAAUGAAAAAGGCUCUCUGUCUGGUCAAGAGUUCCUGGAUAAUGUUAAAUGCUGGGAAUGAUGAAAGCCUCAUUUUAGAGAGAAGUUGUAUUUGUAUACUGAGUAUGCAAAGGGAAUAGCAAGCUGAAUAUAGAAAUAAUGAAUACUGCUGCACUCAACAGUAGCCUGCCUCCAAUACUUGUGUUCUGGUUUUUAAAUUCACGAGUGAAGGAGAUGAGUUCCCAGAUUAUGUAAUUUAAAUGUUUUACUUUAAUGAUGGAAAAUUCCAAAAUCCAUCCAUCACGUUAAUGUGAGGAUCAUCUUCUCCAUCAGGGACAUGUGGUUCAUAGAGUUUAAACUCAGAUCUUCAGAGUGCACCUUCUGCCUGUGACUGUCCCACCCUGAGUCGUUUUUAUAAUGUUUGACUGAAAUGUGUAUUUUUUAACCAGUUCUUUUAUUCAGUGGACAAACUUUAAGACACCUAGUCUGGGACAAAUGUUACAUCACUCUCUGGUCUUUGUUAAUGAACACCUCAGGGACUGUUUCUGAUAUUUGUACUACGAUUAUCAACACUGUAUUCAUUUCAACAAUGCUGUCUUUGGUUGUUUCUUUUUGUGUAUGUUCACAUCAAUGUGGUGAGAAAAAUUUGUUUUCUCAUCUUACUGUGUUUGCUCUGUCCUAACCUUUUCCCUGUUUCAAGACGCUUGUACAAAAUGCUGUGUAAAUAAAAAAUGCUUUUAAUGA